GCGUACUGCAUCGCUUGUCUGUAAUUGCUUUGCGGUAAAUAAAAUAUUUUAAUAUUUACGAGAGUAAUAUAAUUGAAAACUGCCACAAUUUGUUGGAAAAUCUACAUAACGAUGACCGAAGGUGCUGACUUUUAAAAAAAGCAAAUAAAUUUAAAUAACAUGAGAUCAACACGGUGGCUUCGUCGUCCUUUCUCCACCCGCUUCUUGAUCAUCUCAUUUUUGGCAAUAGCGUUUGCUAUCUAUUGCUAUUAUUAUAACGUGACGCUGGCGUCGUACCCAAAAUCAAGUAACACUAUAAGCAGUGAAAAGGUCAUCCAUCUAAAACGUAUCCGUGGUCAAGACUCUGUAAAAUUGCCACAAUGUCCGGUGGUCCGCGAGAGCGUGGCGGAGAUUGAUACAGUUUCCAUUUUCCCAUCAUUUGAGUUUCAGCCAAACUGGUUACGUACAAAAGAGUUCUGGGACCGUAGUUUUGAAGAGAGAUACGAGAAUAAUAAAAACGACAGUCGCCGUCCUAAGUUGAAGGUUAUCGUUGUACCGCAUUCUCAUAAUGAUCCUGGCUGGCUGAAGACGUUCGAACAAUACUUUGAAACGAAAACUAAAAAUAUAAUUGACAACAUAGUCAUGAAAUUGAACCAAUACCCGAAUAUGACUUUUAUUUGGACGGAGAUUUCUUUCUUAAACGCCUGGUGGGAGAGGUCUCAUCCUGUUAAACAAAAGGCUCUUAAGAAGUUGGUGAAAGAAGGUCGCCUUGAAAUAACUACGGGAGGAUGGGUAAUGCCCGAUGAAGCCUGUACACAUAUCUAUUCUCUAAUUGACCAGUUUAUAGAAGGGCACGUCUGGGUAAAAGCAAAUCUCGGAGUAACUCCAAAAAUUGGGUGGUCCAUAGAUCCAUUUGGCCAUGGAGCGACUGUACCUUACUUACUUGACAAAAGCGGUUUAGAAGGCGCCAUUAUCCAACGAAUUCACUACGCCUGGAAGCAAUGGUUUGCCCAGAGGCAAAUAGAGGAGUUUCACUGGAUGCCGGGAUUCUCAUCCGCUAAGCCUUCCCUAAUCGUUCACAACCAACCUUUUGACAUUUACUCAAUAAAAAGCACCUGUGGACCACACCCAGCCAUAUGUCUUAGUUUUGAUUUCAGAAAAAUUCCUGGAGAGUAUUCCGAAUACACCGCUAAACAUGAAGACAUUACAGAACAUAACCUUCACAGCAAAUCCAAAACACUCAUGGAAGAAUACGAUCGCAUUGGGACAUUGACAAAACACAACGUUGUUCUGGUACCAUUGGGAGACGACUUUAGGUAUGAGUACGGUAUUGAAUUUGAUGCACAAUACGUCAACUAUAUGAAAAUGUUUAACUAUAUUAACAAACACAAAGACCUGUUUGACGCUGAGGUCAGCUUUGGAACUCCCUUAGAUUACUUUAACGCCGUGAAAGAGCGUACUAAUGAUAUACCGACAUUAAGAGGGGACUUUUUCGUGUACUCAGAUAUAUUCAGCGAAGGGAAGCCGGCAUACUGGUCCGGCUAUUACACGACAAGGCCGUACAUUAAAAUAGUAGCUCGUCAAUUCGAACACCAACUACGAACCGCUGAACUCUUAUUUUCAUUGGUCUCAAACUUCUUGCGACAAUCUAAUAAACACAUGUUUGAAUCAUCAGAACGAAAACUCGAAAAGUACUAUGAACAAUUGAUAUACGCUCGACGGAAUCUUGGUCUUUUUCAACAUCACGAUGCGAUUACAGGUACUUCAAGAGCCAGCGUUAUGUAUGACUAUGGAACUAAACUGUUCACUAGUUUGUAUCACUGUAUUCGUUUACAAGAAGCCGCGCUUACCACCCUAAUGAUACCUGACAGUAAACUUCACACUCAAAGUAUUCUUCAAAGUGAACUGGAAUGGGAAAGUUACGGUAAACAACCGAAAAAAUUACAUAUUUCAGUAAUAGACAAGAAGAUUGUUGUCCUUUUCAAUCCACUUGCUGAAAAAAGAACUGAAGUCGUGACUCUUCGAUCCAAUACUACAAGUGUUCGCGUGUAUGAUACGCAUAAUAAAAAAUAUGUGCAGUAUCAAAUUACACCCAACAUUCAUGUGCUGGAUAAUGGAAGAUUUACAAUUAGUGAAGUCAAUUUCGAAGUCAGCUUUGUGGCCCAUUUGGACGCCCUGAGUGUUGUGACAUACAAACUCGAGGAACACACCAAUAAAUCGCAUCAUUGUACAGUUUUUUGCAAUAACUGUACAGAACAAAAAUAUGAUUCUGAAAAACAAAACAAUUUUGUCAUCGAAAAAAUGUUGCCUGGAAAUAUUCAACUGGAGAAUGAUGUAAUGAAAUUAUUAGUGGAUCGGAACUCUGGAUUCUUAAGACAAGUAUAUAGAAAAGAUAUAAGAAAAAAAAAUAUUGUGGACAUUCAAUUUGGGGCUUAUCAGAGUGCACAACGACAUUCCGGUGCAUAUUUAUUCAUGCCAGAUUUUGAUCCACCCGAAAAAGAUGUUCUAACAGCUUACAGCAGAGGAACAUCUCAAGAUGAAAACGUUGUCAUAGUGUCCGGACCGGUCUCCACAGAAAUUACAACAAUGUAUUUACCAUUUUUAGUUCAUACUGUUAGAAUAUAUAAUGUUGACGAUCCAGCUCUAUCCCAUGGUAUCUACGUUGAGAAUGUCGUUGAUUUUGAAAGUCCACCAAAGAAUAGGGACACCGAAUUGUACAUGCGAAUACAGACGAACUUACAGAAUGGGGAAGUACCAGAAUUUUACACAGACCAAAAUGGUUUUCAGUAUCAACGCAGGGUUAAAGUCGACAAACUAGGCAUCGAAGCAAACUACUAUCCUAUAACCACAAUGGCGUGGAUACAAGAUGACGAGACUCGCCUUACACUGCUUACUAAUCACGCUCAAGGUGCGGCAGCCUUCGAGCCGGGAAGACUUGAAGUAAUGUUAGAUCGACGAACUUUGUAUGACGACUUUAGAGGUAUAGGUGAAGGGGUCGUAGAUAAUAAACUAACAGUUUUCUCUAACUGGCUUUUACUGGAGCCUAUCAAUCCAAAAAUCACUAAAAAAGACAAACAUUCACAAAACUCAAGACAAUUUAAUGAAAAUCACGCAGAUACGUCUCCAAUAUACGAAUUACCUUCACGAACAGCCGAUUACUUGAGUAGAACACUUAACUAUCCUGUCAAUGCCUACAUAGUAGAUACCAGCGAAGUUGGGGAUAUUGAAGUAAAGUCAGGUCAAACGUUUUUAGAAAACUUCCCUCCUGGUGUCCAUCUGGUAUCGUUGCGUACAAUCACCGAUGAAGUGUUAGAACAAUUUCCAAGCAAUUCGUGCUUUUUUAUAAUCCAUAGACCGGGCAUCAGCUGCAAUGUCGGAGAUUCAAUGUUAAACCCAAGUACACAUUUUACAGGCGACACAAAUUUCGUUGGGUUAAACGUCAAUGCUUUAGCGUCAGUGAGCUUGACUGGUAUGAAAACGUUUGAAAAUCUCACUAGCUUAGCAAACAUCACUUUAAAUCCGAUGGAAGUUAAGACUUAUAGGAUUCGAUUUUAGAACUGUAGAGACAUUUAUAGGGUAAUAUAUGGGUGUUUAGCCAUUUAAAAUGACGCAUUUAUGUCGUUGAAAACUGUAAUAGUAGAAAACGUUGACGCGAUAAGUGUUGCUUAUCUAUUAGUAAAUUAUAGAUGCAUAAUAAUUAAGUAUAUUUGUAUGUCUUGAAUGCUUUUAUUAAUUUUAUUUGUAAGAGGUGAAUAAUCAUCAAUGGUGCGCAAUCGACACUGACUGGAAAUCAUGUAGAAACUUUAUUCCCAGUAAUAUUUUAACCCGAGUUAAAGUACACCACCAUUGUACCGAGUCCGUCAUAAUUCAUCUAUGCACUAAUAUACUUUGUUGACAUUUUGUGAUGUCUCGAUUUACUACAAAAAUCUACCUCAAGACCAAAUAGUAUAGUACUAUAAACGAUGCGAUUUUUUAAUAAUAAUUUAGUUAUAAUUUUAAUGUUUGACUUUCAGUGAAUAUAAAGCGAGUAUUUUUCCAAUUUAUCAGACGGAAAUUAUUCUAUUCCGAGUGAAUUAGUAAAAUAAGAUGCAACAGUAUGAAACAGUUACUUCAAAAGUAUUCCUUAUUCAUAAAAAUCAGUUUAAGCAAAAAAUUAAAAAAUACAAAUUUCUCAUUACAGAGUUUGACAGUGCAAUUAGAUUUAUUUCGUUUUUUUAAUGGGGGGGGGGGGGGGUAUAUCUGCUAACAUCUCAAAUACAAAUAACAUAUUUUAAAAUGUCAAUUCCAUCAUUUUAUCACUUGAGAAUAACAUAGAUGUACAAUUUUAUAUACUGCAUUUAUAUUUAUUAACAGCAAUGAAUUAUUUGUAUCAAUUUUUUUGAAUAUAUUUUUAAAUAUUUAGGUUUAGUUGGGACACAUUAUUGUGGUUCAACUUCUUGUAAGUGAUUCGUUGUGAUUUUUUUAGCUAAACAUUACUAGCGAUUUCUCGUUGUAGAAAAUUGCGUAAAAAAGAUAACCAUAUCAUAGUUAUUUUAGAUCAGCGUCUCUACUAUGUUUAUUUAUUUGACGAUUUGUUAAUUCUUUGGGUUUUAAGGUAAGUUCAGAGUCAAGACUUAUCGUCAAUUUCCGUGCGUUAAAUACGUAUUCGAUGUAUAAUACGGCAGUAAUACACGCUAAAGAUAAUACGCGUGUCUUACCAGUUUAAAUAUGUAAUUUGAAUAAAAUCAUUAAAAAGUAACAAUUAAUAGUCUGCGCGAAAGGAUAGACGUCAUGACGGUGCGAACUUGUGGACAGUAUAAUUCUUAUUUGCUACGUGUCAUUUAAUUUAUUCACAAAAGUUAGUCUUAGGUUUUGUUUCACAAUGUAUGGAUAAAGUACCUAAUAGCUAUGCAACACAAAUUAUUUGGAAGAUAAAAGUUCCGAAUAAGAAACUUCGCGUUUCAUCGGACUCAUAACUUAUGAUGGACUUUAUGUGACGAAUAGCGCAGCGCUAUCUAACAGUCGUGAAACGCAACAAUAGUGUAUAUCCUAAGUUACAAUAAGAAAUACAUAGCUAAUUUGGAACGUAUCCGUACAUUGUGAAACAGACCCUUAGUGUUUUAUUAUAUCUAGUGUACUGUGUUGUUAACGUAACGAAGAAGGUAAGUUAGCACUACAGCGACCUCAAAUCACACAUGGUUUGCUUCCCGCACAGACCAAUAGUUUAUUAAAUCUUGUAAUCUGCGACUAUUUUAAUAUCCACAUAUUCCUGUAGAUGGCAUUGUGCGUUUAUUUAUUAAAUUUUAUUUGUUAAAACACCAUCUGCAUUUAAACAUGCUAAUCACUUGAAGCGAAUAAAUAUACUUUAUAACUAUACGAGAACUUUUAAGUUUUUAUGAAAGUAUUAAUUUCUUCAUCAAAUUAUUUUUCCAACGUGACAAACAAAUACAAUUUAAUACCUAACACUAACCGUAUUAUGUAAAUGAAUAAUUUAUUUUAGAAAUCCUGAAUGUGACUGUAGUAAUUUUAUCUAGUCUUAUUCGUUCGUAGAAGAUAUUGUACGCAGCAGUAAGUUUUACGUUUACGUUAUAUUAAUAUAUUUUGUGUGCUAAUAUGUGUGAUAUCCAUUAUUAUUAACGUCAGAAUAAGGACUAAUCCAAUUAUAUUGUUGAAUAGUGUUUAUUUAUUAAUUUUGUGUGUAUAGUAUAAGAUAUUAAAAUGCAGGCUGAUAACAAUAGAUAGUUAGGCUAAUCCAGAAUACAGUUUAUAAUCAACUUCUAAAUCACCUUAAUUGUAGUAAGUUCUAUCUUGGUUUCAGCCCGCAUGUUAAUAAGACUCAACUUAAUCAAUUUAAUUGUAUUUAAAUUAUGCUUUUAACAUUGAGUACAAUUACUACAUAUUCCUUUCAUAAUAUUAUUUAAUAAUGGGGCACAAUACGUAUUUAGAAAAUAAAAAAUUACUUUAAGAUUCUGACUAGGAAGAUAAUUUCGAUUGUAAAUUUUGCGUAUGAAUGGUAUAAUAAAAUAAAAACUUGUUUACAAAAUGACGUUUAUUCCCAUUGAUUUAGCCAUUAAACCAAAAAUUAUUGUUAAUUAAAAUUAUCAUUAAUAAUUAGAAUUCUAAAAUUAAAAUAUAACCUAAUCGUAAAAACAUUACUUUUCAAUACAUAAUUCU